CCCCCGAGCCCGGUUACUCUUCACACCGAGGCUGAGAGCAGGUUUGGAAGCGAAGCUGGGCGGCUGGAUUUCCCAGCGGCAGCUGGGCGGUGAAGGCUGGCCCUACAUACAGGGGAGUAUUUGCCUUAUAUAUGCAGGUGCUCUAGAGCUCUCCUGGGAGCUGUGGGAAGUGUUGCUGGAGAGGCAAAAUGAUAAUGCCAGUAAUACCAUUUUUGCUUCGAGUUUCCGCUCUUGCUCCCCCACUAGCAUGCAGCUGGAAGGGAAGGUUUUAAGCGAGGGUGUGAAAAGACCCGGGAUAAGUGUAUACGGAGCGCAGGUGUCAUCAGAAGCUUGCAGAGAGCUGGGAUUCUCCAGUAACUUGCUAUGCAGUUCUUGCAACCUUCUUGGACAGUUCAAUCUGAAUCAGUUGGAUCCAUUUUGCAGGCAGUGCUGCCAAGAAGAAGCUCAGUUGGAAACCAGAAAGCUUUAUGCAGGAGCUGUCCUAGAGGUAUGCGGAUGAAAAUUGGGGAGGUUCCCUCAAGUCCAGGCUUUUGUCAGGAGUGAUAAGCCAAAACUCUUCAGGGGACUGCAAAUCAAGUAUGUGCGUGGUUCUGACCCUGUACUAAAGCUGCUGGAUGACAGUGGGAACAUUGCAGAAGAACUGAGCAUCCUCAAGUGGAAUACCGAUAGUGUGGAAGAAUUUCUCAGUGAAAAGUUAGAACGUCUAUAAAUCCUUGCUUUCAGUCCUCUUUCCUUUUCAUGUUUUGUCAUGGUAAUCUUCUCAGAUGAAGUGUGCUACAAUUGCAAAAACAUUCCAGCUUCUAUAAUAAUUUUAAAAUCUGUUGUGCUGUACUAAACAUCUUGUAAUUAGAAAGGAAAGCUUCAGCACACAUCUGACAAGCUGACAAACAGCAUAGCUUGUCUUAAUAUAUUUCAACUCUUAGACAUAUCACUAACAAAAUACUUUGUUUCAAAGUUAUGAAAAUAUCAGUUUCUUGUAAUUGGACUUUUUUAAACAAAUUUUCUUAAAACAGAAGAGCUUCAAAUAAUUAAAAUGAUUACCAUGCUUUUUGUUCUGCUGCUGUUCGUAAGAAAGUCAGAACCAAAUGCGAUGUACUGUCUCCCAAAGAAACUUCACUGCUUAUGCCCUCUUCUUUUUUUGUAUUUGAACUGUCCUUUUUAUAGAAACAUUGUUUAUAGUGAGUAGUUCACAGGUUUUGAAGUUGAUGGAGGAACUCAUGCUCUGGCACUGUGAAACAUAUAGUAAGUACACUUCAGUGAAGACUACAUAG